AUGGCUUCGACGAUGCUCAAAAGAGCCAUCAAUAGGCUCUCAUCAUCUUCCCCAGCGUCGAGGCUAACCCUACUCCGAGCCCACGCCUCCGAAGCCCAAGCCCAGCAGGUACAGCCCAAAGCCCGCGACACCACCGCGCUAAAGAAAUUCCAAAUCUACCGUUGGAAUCCCGAUACUCCGUCAAAGCCCGAGCUAAAGGAAUACGAAAUCAACCUAAAGGAGUGCGGGCCUAUGGUUCUCGACGCUCUGAUUAAGAUCAAGAACGAAAUCGAUCCAAGCCUCACUUUCCGUCGAUCAUGCCGUGAAGGGAUCUGUGGUUCGUGCGCGAUGAACAUCGACGGCUGUAAUGGACUCGCGUGUUUGACGAAGAUUCCUUCCGAGGGUUCGGAUACGACGAUAACGCCGCUGCCUCAUAUGUUUGUGGUAAAGGAUCUCGUGGUUGAUAUGACGAAUUUUUAUAAUCAGUAUAAGAGUAUUGAACCGUGGUUGAAGCGGAAGAAUCCGCCGUCGGAACCGGGGAAGGAGAUUCUUCAGAGUAAGAAGGAUCGUGCUAAGCUUGAUGGGAUGUACGAGUGUAUUUUGUGUGCAUGCUGUAGCACAUCUUGCCCUAGUUAUUGGUGGAACCCUGAGUCUUAUCUUGGACCCGCUGCUUUGCUCCACGCUAAUAGGUGGAUAAGUGACAGCCGUGACGAGUACACUACAGAGAGAUUGGAAUCCAUUAAUGAUGAAUUCAAGCUGUAUCGCUGCCACACCAUAUUGAACUGUGCUCGUGCCUGUCCAAAGGGUUUGAACCCUGGAAAGCAAAUUGCACACAUCAAGUCACUUCAGCCAAAAGCUUGA